AGAGAGGUUCAAGAUCAUUUCCAUUACACGAGCAAGAGAAAUCAUCCGCCGUUUCAGUCUUCUUCUGCAGAAAUUUCUACUGGUUUUCUGAUUAUGAACAUUCUCUAGAAGAACUACCGGCAACAAAGAUUAAGAAGAAAAGCAGUGGAGCUUCUAUUGAGACGAGCUUUGAAAAUAGAGGCAAAGAAGGAGCAGAGCAUUAUUUGUUCUGCGGAUUUAGAGAUGAAAACCAAGAAUAAAGGAGUCUGGACUCCCACAACGAAGCUAGGUCUGCCAGCUGUCUUCCUCUCAUGCAUCGUUUUCUUCCUUGCUGGAUUUUUUGGUUCCAUGCUCCUCUCUCAGGAUAUCUCUAGCGUCCGGACGAAUCCGAGGUUACUUGAAUCAGUCGACGAGGAGACAGGGGACAUUCCGAUGCCGCAAGGAGAGACUGGAGAAAGUUCGAUUGCCUCUAUACCCUAUCAGGUUUUAAGCUGGAAGCCUCGAGCACUAUAUUUUCCUAAAUUUGCAACUGCAGAACAAUGCCAAAGCAUAAUAAAAAUGGCAAAAUCUAAGCUUAGACCAUCAACCUUAGCUUUGCGGAAAGGAGAAACUGCGGAGAACACCAAGGGAAUUAGGACAAGUUCAGGCACAUUUAUCAGUGCAUCAAACGACAAAACUGGAAUCUUGGACAUCAUUGAGCAGAAGAUUGCAAGGGUUACAAUGAUUCCAAAGAGCCAUGGAGAGGCAUUUAAUGUCCUACGUUACGAGAUUGGACAGAGGUAUAAUUCUCACUACGAUGCGUUCAACCCAGCUGAAUAUGGCCCACAAAAAAGUCAAAGGAUUGCUUCCUUUUUGUUGUAUCUCUCUGAUGUGAAAGAAGGUGGGGAAACCAUGUUUCCUUUUGAGAAUGGUUUUAUGGACUUCAACUAUGACUACAAAGAGUGCAUUGGUUUGAUGGUGAGGCCACGUCAAGGGGAUGGACUUCUGUUUUACUCAUUGUAUCCGAAUGGUACUACUGACCCGACAUCACUUCAUGGUAGCUGUCCAGUAAUUGAAGGGGAAAAAUGGGUGGCAACAAAGUGGAUCAGAAAUCAAGAACAAGAAUAAUGUGUGUACAUUUGGUAGGCACUUUGAUUUUUACCCCCCCCCCCCCAAAUAAUGUAUUUCGCUUACCUUU